GGAUUGUUCAACUGUUGCGUUAUAUAUGUAUAGUCCGUCUGAGGUUGUCGCUAAGUGACCUCUAAGACUAAAAUAACAUCAACAGUAUCGUUUUUCCUUGAAACAUGGUCCCAUCAAAAAAUGACAUAAAGUUCACAUGGCUUGCAGCUUGUUUUGUCAGUUUAUAUGGUCUAGGAUCAUGGAUUGUUGUUAAUGGAUUAUGGGUUGAACUACCGUUAUUGGUCAAUGUUCUACCAGAAGGUUGGAGUUUGCCUGCUUACCUGAUAAUCAUUAUACAAAUAGCAAAUGUGGGACCAAUGGUCUAUGUUCCGUUGACAAAAUUUUUCCAAGCUAAAACAAAUGGAUUUUGUUCACGUUGUUUACAACCACCUGAAAGGAUAACCAACUAUUUAAUACUCGCUGUCGGUCUAAUAUCAUGCAUAUUGAUUUCGCAGUUUUGGAACUCGGUAGCUUAUGUAUCAAUAUUAAAACCCGGUUACCAUAGUAUUGGAUUAUUUGUUUUAGCUUUGUUUGCUUCAAUUGUUGAUUGUACAUCAUCGGUUACAUUUAUUACCUAUUUGAAUGGAAUGCCUCAAUUGUAUGUAGGUGCAUUACAUUUCGGUGAAGCAUUUAGUGAUUUAGUUCCAAGUAUAUUAGCCCUUAUUCAAGGAGUUGGGUCAGAACCGGAAUGUAUCAAUAAAACAGUUAAUGAUACACUUCGUGUGGUCCCCUUUUAUCCACCACCACGUUUCUCUGUCAGUACAUUCAUAUAUCUAUUAUGUAUUGUUUUAUUGAUAUCUUUAACUGCAUUCACAUUAUUGGAUUGUUCACCUAUUGGUUUAGGUCAAGUUAUUCAUGAACAUUAUCGAAAAACUAAUUUCAUAUUAAAAUCUAAUGCAAAUAUUCAUAGCAUAAGUCACAAUAAUCUAGAAAGAUUUAAAUCAAAUGAAGAUCAACAUAUUUCUAAUGAUAUCUUCGAAAACAGUCAAAAUGUUGAUGUUUCUGUGUUGAAUCAUAUUGAACAAACUGUACAGUCUCAUAAUGAUGUUAAUAUUACAAAACAGCUUGGACCAAACACAUUUUUAUCAUGCUUACUUAUCAUUUACAUUAGUGCAUCAAAUUAUGGAUUUCUACCAGCCAUACAAUCUUAUUCAUGUGCUGCAUAUGGCUCGCUUACAUAUCAUUUAGCAGUUACACUGUCAGGAUCAUUCUCUGCUGCAAUGACAGUAUUAACUACAUUUCUUGUCAAUCAUUAUUCUAGGGAAAUAGAUAGUACUGAUGAAUCAACAUUCGAAAAUUUGCAAACUAUGAACCAUGAAUUAAAUGAACAGAAUCAAAUUUGUUACAUACAAAAACCUGACAUAAUUAUGCAUAAUGCAUAUACGCGUUCACUUCAAAAUAAAUGGAUUGGUAUUUCACUCAUCUCUUUGUUACCUGUUGCUUACGUUAUAUAUUUGGCGAGUUCAAGUCCCAAUCCACCAUAUUUGGGUGGUUUCGGUUCUGCCACUGCUAUCUUGGCUUGGAUUGCGAUACGCUGUUUGUUUGCCAGUUUGCGCACAUGGAUAUGGAUGAGUUUGUCUAGCCAUUCCCAUAGACCAACGCGACUCAGAUUAGCUGGGUUAUCUACACAAUUCGGAGCAGCACUCGGUGCAAUCUUAGGCUUCAUAUUAGUUGUUUAUUUUCAGCUAUUUAAAAAUAAACUACCUUGUCUUCAAGUGUAAUUUUUAUUGAAACUCAUGUAAUGUCUUUCAUACAACAUAUUUAUGUAUAGAUCAUAUUUCAGAAAUGGCAAAAAUACAUUAUUGUUGAUUACUUAGCUAGUAUUUUUAGAAACUUAUUCCUGUGUAUUUAUGAAUAAUUUAUUGUAGGUAUCUUAUAAUGUUUUCGUAAUUAUAUACUGCUUAUCCGUGA